CGGCGCAGGUCAGUUAGCUGAGCGGUGGACCUGGGAGGAGAAGUGCCUGCUGAGAUAUAAAACAUCAUUUAAUAGGCGAGCUGCUUCCGAAAGACACGGAAACAAUAAAAUAAAGGAGUGAAGCCGAGUUACUAUGAGGAACCUGUCAACUACACGCGAACUGGAGCCGGUUCCGAGGCGCCUCUAACAUUGUUUUGAGGGCCUGUUGCUAGCUACGGGAAAUCCUCGGACUGGCCCCGGUAGACACCGGGCCGAGCGAGCGCAGGGGACCGAGGACCGGAGCUCCGCGGGGCUGUGUUCAUCCAGCAGGUUUUACCGACGCUAGCUGCCCUUUUUUAUGACGUUCAAACAAAGACGGUAUCUCUUUCCUGCUCGUCCGGAGCGAAUGUAAAUCAUUGUAGCGUUCAGCUUGACAGCUAGCUAACCUUAGCUCCCCCGUGUUUACAAGCUAACUCAGCCGGGAUCCUCGAAGGAAGUUGGCAUUAGGUAUGUUUGUUUCAGUUAACAUUUGCAUAUUUGGCUCCUACCGCCUUUCUGCCGGCCGGUAGUGGUCUGUGCGGCUGUUCCACCUUUGUCUACACCGGACUGAAGGUCGCCAGCUAGACGGCUACAUCAAAAGGUCCCCUGGCUGAGGUUAUCACAUCUUAAGGCUUAUCUACUGCAGCCCAAAGUUUGUCACCUUGUUGAACUGUGAGAAACAGCCUGGCUGCUUGUUUACCUCUGUCCUUAACUCUGUGAAUGUCACAGAAAGUUAGAUGUGUUGUAGAAGUUUGAUCUAUCGCACAGAAUCUUAACAGAAAGACUUGAUCAGAAGGAAUACCUGAGCAAACUUCACCCACCUGUCAGACGGUAUCCCGGAUGAAGGCUCACAGAGAGGUGUGGAUUUUGAUGCCCUCAGGACUCCCAGCUGUUUCCUGUUCUGCUUGGCAUUAUUAAAGUCACACCAGCAUCCAAGGACUGCCACGACAGAAGCAACAGAUCUGCUUUCUCUCUCUCCCUGGGCUGAUUUGCUCAAGGAGGAGCCCCGCCAGAACACGCCACCAUGAAUCGUUACCUGCCCGUGGCACGACAGCACUUCCUGGCGGCCCUUGCCAGCACAAGUGUGGUGGUAAAAACUAUCAGCGCUGUGGUGGUUCUCCUCUACCUGCUGUCAUGGGCCGUCGACACUCCGUACGUACUGGGGGUGACCCCGGGAUACCUCUUUCCACCCAACUUCUGGGUGUGGACGCUGGUGACCCAUGGGGUGGUGGAGCAGCACGUCUGGGGGGUGGCGGCCAAUGUGGGGACAGUUAUGGCCUGCGGGCGUCUGCUGGAGCCUUUGUGGGGCGCUUUGGAGCUCCUGAUCUUUUUCGCAGUGGUUAAUGUGUCCGCAGGCCUCCUGGCGGGCCUCUCCUACCUCCUCACCUAUGUGGCCACCUUUGACCUGCACUUCCUGUUUGCUGUGCGCGUUAACGGAGCAGCCGGGUUCCUCGGAGGCGUCCUGGUGGCGCUGAAGCAGACCAUGGGGGACACCACAGUGCUCAGAGUCCCACAGGUGAGGCUCAAAGCAGCGCCGGCUUUGGUCCUCCUCCUCCUGGCCUUGCUGCGCCUGUCCGGGCUGCUCGACAGCUCUGCCCCCCUGGCCGCCUUCAGCUAUGGAGCGCUGUCCGGCUGGGUCUACCUGCGCUUCUACCAGAGGCACAGCCGUGGCCGCGGGGACAUGUCCGAUCACUUCGCCUUUGCGAGUUUCUUCCCUGAGGCGCUGCAGCCGGCUGUCGGACUGCUGGCGGGGCUCGUCCACUCUGCCCUGGUGAAAAUCAAAGUGUGCAGGAAGAUGGUAAAGAGAUACGACGUGGGGGCGCCGUCUUCUAUCACGAUCAGCCUACCGGGGACUGACCCACAGGACGCAGAGAGGAGGAGACAACUGGCACUGAAAGCCCUGAACGAGCGUCUAAAGCGGGUGGAGGACCAGUCCGCUUGGCCCAGCAUGGACGACGAGGAAGACGACGACGAGGACGAAGUCAGGACCGACACGCAGCCGCUGCUCCCGGGCGGGCGCGACCCGUCCUCCUCCUCCUCCUCCACGCCGAGAACAGCCGGGGGUCCCAUCGGCGCCUCCCUCUCCUCCACCUCCUCGUCCUCCAUGUCGCAGAGCAGCGGAGCGCCGUCCUCAGGCGGAGUCCAGCACCCAGAGUCCAGCAUCAUCAGCUUCGAGGACGCGCCGUCUCGAUCAUAGCGAACAGGACGCACAUGUACAGACAUGCACGCUCUGUUUGGAGUCACUGGCGAGUAUACUAGCGUAUUCGGUGUCCCUGACUAGUAUACGAAUAUAUUCAGUGGCGGCGAUCAGGCGUACACUCACACACAACACGCAACAUCUUCGAGCAGUUCAUACACACGACCGUGCACUCACAAACACUAACGUCAUUGUGAAGCCCCAGAGACUGUACAGUGCUUUCAGCCGAGACGUGGGUUGUACAGGCUCAGUGGAGUUGGGCAAACUGAACUCUUAAUUCUUCUCUUCCUUCCUGCAUACAACCAAAAGUCAGAAAAUUCUGUCUUGUCUGGACUUAAUCCCAACUUGCAGAGCUCUGUUCACUGCUUCAUGUGUCUCUUUCUCCUGCUUUCUGAAUAAAUAACAACAUGGGUGUACAAUAUUCUUUUUGUAAGCCUUCUUGGGAGCAGCCAUGCUUGUUCUUUUUUUAUUGCCUGCCACGAGAAAGCGACAGAGACUCGCGCUGAAUUCUUGAUCCCUGACGGAGGAAUGCAGCGCGCCGGCUUGAUGAGCGCCGAGAAAUGGCUGCAAGUGACUUUAGCUUUUAGUUCACUGGUUCCGAAUAUGAAACCAGGCGCGUAACGGAGGAGACGCAUGGACUCAGCACCGACUGCUGGACCUGAGGAAAGAAGCUGCUGCAGGUCUGUCCUGCUGAUGAACUAUGAUACCAAACUUCAUGGUCUGAAGAAGUGCCGGGUGGAAAGAGAUUUCCAGACCAGGGCGUCUCUCUGAGAAAGAGAGAAAUGGACGAUGUACCCGUUUUGUUUUUUACUCCCUAGUUUGUCAUGCAGUGGAGGAAAAAAAUCUUCUUUUGUUUGGGGUGUGUUGAUCACUAAACGGAAUCAACAAAACAAAAACUUUCUUUCUGUGGACUAACAGGACAUGUCGACGGUGUUCCACUCACACAGAUCUGUGGAUCUUGUUUUACGAUUUGUUUUCAUUUUUAGGGUAAUUCUGGUCAAAAUCCCGAGCGUCAUCCCCAUACCUUUUUUUUUUUUUUUUUACAUUUCCACCUUGUAGGAUCUGAACAUGUGUGCGAGAAUUAUGCUAGCAGCAGCUUUCUAGUAGUCUGGGUGCAGAUGAUGCAGAGUAGCGGUCUGUGCUUGUGUUAGUCAUUUAUACGAUUAUAAAUGCAGAGAAGUGACCAAGUGCAGGUGAAGGCUUGAUGAUAGCCUUGCUGGGUAUUUACAGACUGUGCAGGUAUUGUUAGGAUAAAAAUAUCCAAGUGAUUCACGAGUUACGGAGUUUUUCUAGCUUUGCUCUGCUUUCAGACACACAGACAGAGGGGGAUCAUUUCUAAAAUCACAGCCCCGGGCACGUGUGGGGAGUUUUCGAGGGAGCUUGAUGGGCAGUUAAAUUGUGAUAAACAGAACUAAAGGUCAGUAAUUCAUUUAUUUUGCUGACGGCCGUCCCUGUAGGUGUCUCAUUCUAUUCUAUCAAAUCAGCGCAUUCUCAAUUCCCCACCUGUCCUUUCUCAUUAAAGUCAUUUGCAGCUGAUGAAUUAUUUCAGAUGUUGGCGAUCGCAGGGAUGAAAAACUUCUCCUGAGCUUCUGGUCGCAAGGUUGAAAAUGAGAUUUAAACUAGUUGAGAAGGUGAACGAGGCACUUCAGUUACUUCAGUCUGUCUGAAAAACAGGUCUGUUAAGUUAGACCACAAAUCGCUGCAGGUCUGACAGGCCUCGUGGGUUUCCUGUGUCAUUAUUUCAUAAGACACCUGUAAGAUGAUGAGCAGCUGCUUUUACACGUGUCUGGAGAAACUCUGGUACACAAAAUGACUGCACCUUUACAUGUUUAAUCCCAAGUUCUAAGGUUCUUUUUGUCAUGUGAGGAACAAUUUGGCAGUAAAAUGUAAAUCUUCUGUCUGUCUGGCGAUAGUGAGAGGCUGUGAGUUGCCUAAAAAAAUCAAAGAAACAUCCGACAGAAAUAUCCAGCAUCGAAAAUACUGUUUAAAUAGAGAUUUGUUUUCCAGAUUUGGUGUGACAGUUUACAGAAAAUCUGAGCUCCUGACAAACCGAAUUCACUUCCCCUUGAAUGUAAAAUGUCUUCUGGAAACAGUCUGGAGAUGAUCCAAGUUGGUUCACACAUGUUCUAUUGUAGUUCAGAGGGAGGACAUUGUAAGACUGGGCUCGCUGGUGACAUGAAACUGCUUCUUCCUCUUAUGGAAAUGUGUUCUGAAUGGGAAGUGAUAAGCCAUAUUAGAAUGACGAAACUCUGUGUGUUCUAUCCUGUAUUUCCUUCUGUCCAUUUCACUGUGCUCAUGUUUUCUUCACGAUGUGUUCAUGUCGGUUGAUUUUCUUUACGUCAAUGAAGGCUGUUUGUUUACAUGAAUGAAUGAGAGAUGGUGUCUUUCAUACCGGUCCGGUUUUCAGAGUGGAGAAGGCUGAGCUGCAGUUAAAUAUCUGAAAUCUCAAAGUGCUCACCAUCAAAAGUUAUCACACAACUAAUCAGGCAAAGGAAAUUUGUACAAAAACAUAACUGCAGUUACAGUUUUCUGGUGUCGUUUUCACACCGUUUAUGUGCAAUUUGAGCGUUUGAGGAGCUCACAAUAGAAAUCAGCAAUGCAGCAAAACACAUUGUAACGUGGACGCCUGCAGAUCAUUGUUGUGCUGAAGUUGUGUAAAUUUAUGAGUGAGAAGGUGCACAAACUAACCAACACUGUAGUCCAGCCACAUCUCCACCUUUGACUUUGUUCUCCUGAUCCUCUGUGUUCCUGUUUGUUCUGUCUUUAAACAUCCUGUGAGAGACGAGAGUAACGCAGUCUGUAUGAAUAACGCCCGCCGCUGUAGACAAACUAGAAAAGCUGCAGGUGGGGGAUGAAGAAUGAUGUCAGUGCUGUUUCACAAACGGUGGUUAUUAAACUGCAGCGGCCUCAGUCUGCAGGGACUGAACUCUGUCGGCUGGCGUCGCAACAUACUCG